GUAUUAUACAUUAUAUAAUAUAAUAUGAUAUGAGUCUCAUAUGUGAACUCUCGCCACAAAUUGAGUGACUCUAAGCCAUAGUACUAUUGAAACCAUAGGAUCACUGAAUCAAUUGAUUUGAAUUGAAUUUAUUAAUUAUUUGACUUUUCAUUUGACUUUCAUUUGAUUCAUCAAAACAAAUGUUGGACUCUUCGCGACAGAGAAUGGCCGGAGGACAGGACCAAAAGUGGCAGAAAGACGCGGCGGACCAGAACUUUGACUAUAUGUUCAAAAUCUUGAUAAUAGGUAACAGUUCCGUAGGAAAGACAUCAUUCCUAUUCCGUUACGCCGACGACUCAUUUACCUCAGCAUUUGUCAGUACUGUUGGUAUAGAUUUCAAAGUUAAAACAGUUUUCAGACAAGACAAGAGAGUUAAGCUUCAAAUUUGGGAUACGGCUGGUCAGGAACGGUACCGAACUAUUACAACGGCCUACUAUAGGGGUGCAAUGGGUUUCAUACUUAUGUAUGACGUAACUAAUGAAGAAUCAUUUAAUAGUGUUCAAGACUGGGUUACCCAGAUUAAGACCUACUCAUGGGAUAACGCACAGGUGAUUCUUGUGGGCAAUAAGUGCGAUAUGGAAGAUGAAAGAGUCGUAUCCUUUGAAAGGGGUAAACAAUUGGCUGAUCAGUUAGGACUUGAAUUUUUUGAAACUUCUGCCAAAGAAAACAUUAAUGUCAAAUCAGUAUUUGAACGCUUAGUCGAUAUCAUAUGCGAUAAGAUGUCCGAAAGCUUAGACUCGGAUCCAAAUUUGGUGAAUGCGCCCAAAGGGACCCGUCUUACUGAUAAUCCACUUCCAUCUAACACUGGAUGUCAGUGUUAAGGUUAUCCAUUAGGUUAACCAGUAUUUUAUAAUUUAUAUCAUAUAUGUAUCAAUAU